CAAUGGCGAUUACAAAGCGCCGCUAUCUGGAGCACUGCAAUAAGACGUCCGGCUCUUUAUGCGGUUUAGUAAUUUGGAAAUUUCGGGGACUCGCGGCUGGCCGUCCACGUCGCGCUGUUGAGGCGGGUAGAGGACAGAGGCAUGGUGAUGGCUGAUAGACGGGACAGCCGUGAGGUUUUAACGAUAUUAUUCCUCUGUAUUUUGUGGUAUGUGGUGUCAAGCAGCAAUAAUGUGAUCGGGAAAAUGCUGCUUUCCGAGUUUCCGUUCCCGAUGACGGUUACCAUGGUACAGUUGACCUCAAUAACGAUUUACUCUGGACCAUUCUUCAAUUUAUGGGGUGUCCGAAAAUACGCGAAUGACAUACCAUGGCGCUAUUAUUUCCGACUCAUCGUACCCUUGGCGCUCGGAAAAUUCUUCGCUUCUGUUUUCGGUCACGUCAGUAUAUGGAAAGUUCCAGUCUCCUAUGCACACACUGUGAAGGCUACAAUGCCCUUCUUUACGGUGGUCCUUUCAAGGAUAAUUCUCCGGGAAAAACAGACAGCAAAGGUCUAUUUCAGCCUGGUGCCAAUCAUUGGAGGAGUAGCCAUUGCGACUCUCACCGAACUAAGCUUUGACAUGACAGGACUGCUCAGUGCACUGAUCUCCACAAUGGGUUUCUCGUUGCAAAAUAUCUUCUCAAAAAAGGUGCUACACGACACAGGAAUUCACCACUUGAGACUCUUACACAUACUUGGAAGACUGGCUUUAUUCAUGUUUUUGCCAGUGUGGUUGAUUUAUGACUUCAGAAGCUUAUUGCACAAUCCCGUGACGGGCUCUAAUGUAGAAGUCAGUUCCAAAGUUUUGAUGCUUUUAUUUACAGAUGGUAUUCUGAACUGGCUUCAAAAUAUCAUUGCGUUUUCAGUAUUAUCAAUCGUGACACCACUUACUUAUGCAGUAGCUAGUGCCAGCAAAAGAAUAUUCGUGAUUGCAGUAAGUCUUUUUGUGCUCGGCAAUCCUGUGACAGGAUUAAACAUUUUAGGAAUGACAAUGGCCAUAUUGGGUGUGCUCUGUUAUAACAAAGCAAAAUACGAUCAGAGGCAAUUGUUGAAAAAAGAGACGUUACUACCAAAAUACACUUUUCCAGUCCAAAAUGGAAAUACCCCAUUCAUGGUGAAUGGUUGGGCAAAUGAUAAGCAUCAAUUGCAUGCAGUUUAGUUAGAAACAAUUAUACCUGAUACAUGCCGAGAUGGUUUGUUUCAAUGACUUCUCGUCUUUAGGCACAAUUCAAAACUAGCCCAUCGAUAAUUUCCUGCCGUGAUCCUUAUUUUUUUUUUCUCCAUAAAUAUCUGCGAUUAUUUUUGAUCUGGAAGCCAUUAUAUUUAGACGAAGCUGUUAGCUAAUUUAUUUUUUAAUCCGAAUUUAUACUUCAUCUAUACAUAAAUAAUUUAUUUAUUAAUACAUAUACCAAUUUGUUGACUGUGGCUAAAAAUCAAUAUGAGAUAUAUUGAUUUCAACUUCAUGUCCACACAUGAGUAUGGUAGGUCAAUUAUUUCUUGGGCACAUCGUGUCGCUGCAAAGUUUUCUUUUCAGCACUUAGUACUCUGAAGUGUUUGAAGUAAAUUUUUUAAAUUUUAUUUCAAUAGAUAACUUUUAUUGAAUGUACAGUUAAAUAAGAGAGAAUGUUGCACUUGUGAGUAUGGACGGAGUGCAGGAGAAGGUGAUCUAGCUCAAAGCAGUCUGUAAUAUAUAUUUUUAUAAAUAAACGCUCGUGUACAAAAAUAGA